GUUUUGCAACAUGACUGGACAGACUUGAGUUUGGAAAGUGCCGGAAAGCCAAAGGGAAGGGCGGUAAAAUCACGCCCGCUUUCUCGUGUCCUCGGCAGGGUAAGGGGGAGGAGAGAGCGAUGGCGGCGAUGACGGGCGGCCUGCCCGGGCUUUCGCCUUCGCAGAGCCAGUUGGACUACGCGCUGGAGGAUGCGAACACGCUUCAGGAGAAGGAGAACUUGGUGUAUCAGCACGUGAAGAAGGUGGACGGAUGGGAGCGGGAUUUGAAAGUUCCCGAGUUUGGAGCAGAUUUACAAUGGCUGAAUACUGAAGGCUCACUUUCUUUAUACGAACAUCUUUGUGGAAAAGUAGUGGUAUUAGAUUUCUUCACCUACUGCUGCAUCAAUUGCAUCCAUAUUUUGCCUGAUCUUCAUGAUUUAGAGGAGAAGUACUCUGAUAAAGAUGGUGUCCUUAUUAUAGGUGUUCACUCAGCAAAAUUUCCAAAUGAAAAAGUUUUGGAUAACAUCAAAAGUGCUGUUCUUAGAUAUAACAUCACUCAUCCUGUGGUAAAUGAUGUUAAUGCAACCCUCUGGCAUGAGCUAGAAGUGUCUUGUUGGCCAACUUUGGUAAUUGUUGGACCUCGUGGCAAUAUCUUGUUCAGUCUGAUUGGCGAAGGGCACAAGGACAAACUAUUUCUAUUUACAACUAUAGCCUUAAAAUACUACAAGGAACAAGGACAAAUUAAUAGUAAUAGAAUUAGAACACAACUAUAUAGAGACUCUUUGUCUUCUUCACCUUUGCUGUUCCCUGGGAAAAUUGCAGUAGAUAGUUCCGAAAACACAUUGGUAAUAGCAGAUACUGGACAUCAUAGGAUUUUGGUUGUGAAAAAAAAUGGUCACAUUCUGCACAUCAUUGGAGGAUCAGACAGAGGAAGAAAUGAUGGAAAUUUUUCAGAAGCAUCAUUCAAUUCUCCACAAGGAGUUGCCAUAAAGAACAAUAUUAUUUAUGUAGCAGAUACAGAAAACCAUCUAAUUAGAAAG